AUCUCUUGUUCGGUCCAUUUAAGUAUUGGAUGUCAGUCUGUCAUUGACGUUGUCGAAGAGGUUAUCGUUUCCCGGGAAUUUCGAUAAAUUUAGGAUAGCAUUCCCCACAUCCUGUUCGUAUUGUAUGUGUGUUGCACUUCAUGUUUAGGAACACCCUCAUCAUCAUCAUCUCUACCAUCCUCCUGGAGUUCAAUGGCAAAUAUGUCAAUGAGCUUUCCUGAAACUCAGUGCAGCCCUAAUGAGACUUUGGUGUUUUCGACAAGUGAUUCUAUUGCGGCGGGAGUGGGUGCCACACUAUGUGCCAUUAUUGGAUCCGUGAUGAACUCGGCCACUAUUGUGGCAAUCCUCAACUAUCCCAGGACAAGAUCCCAUGUCACCACACCAUUUGUGGUCUCUUUGUCAUGCUCGGAUUUCAUUUUCAGUUUUUUGACUCUUCCCACCUUGGCAAUUAAGUUUUUUGCACGGGAAUGGAUCUUGGGCGAGACCUGGUGUUACAUGUACCCCGUCGUGUUCUACAGUAACUCUGCCAUCACCCUUCUCAGUCUGAUUGGUGUCACUAUGAACCGUUGGGUGUUGAUCACCUAUCCAAACAAGAGCGACAAGAUCUUCUCUCGAGCUCGGAGCAAGUUGAUGAUCCUAGCCUGUUGGAUUGGACCGUUCCUAAUGAUGAUGCUCUCGUACAACGGAGUCUUUGGCACUCACGGACUGAAAUGCAUAUCCAGAUCUUGUACAAUCAUGAAAGACGAGCGCGGAAUGACUCCGAAGCGACUGUUCUUUCUCGUGGGUCUCGUCAUCCCGUGCAUUGUUCUAUUGGUGACCAAUUUCAUGAUUUAUUACAAGGUGUACACCAUGCGACAUCAAAUGGAGAAACAGCUCAAAAGCAGGGCUUCUAUGCCCAAAGGAAUGAAGGAACGAGAGCAACGCCUGACCAAGAUGAUGCUUUUCAUCUUUGGAUGCUUCCUCUUAACCUAUUUGCCGGGAACAGUGAUCAAACUAUUUGAUAACGCUAUCAACUAUCCCACUCUCCAUGUGGUGAGUUAUAUCGUGAAUUGGUUGUCGGUCAUCAUGAACCCGACCAUUUAUGUGGCUACUCAAGAGCGCUAUCGGCACGCUUUCAAAUAUCUGAUUGGCCACGUGAUUCCCAGUCAACGAACUCCAACCGAACGAUUGCGAAUGGAUCGGACUUCAAGGCGACGAUCUUCAGUGUCGGACACGGACUACAACU